GUGGGGGGCGAUGCAGUCCCGCCCAUCUGCUCGGCUUUUUCUGUUGGUUGGCGGAGGUGGGCGGAGCGUCGAGUUGCGCGUCCAUUGGCUGUUUGGCGGGGCUACGCGAGCCGAGCUACACGGAAAAGGCCUGACCACGCAGUUGAUUGGGUCUGUGCUGCCCGACUGGGGUUGUUAUGGUCGUGGCUGGGUCUCCGCUCCAGGGCCCAGGAAAAUGGUGCUGGGUGGUUGCCCUGUGAGUUACUUACUUCUGUGCGGCCAGGCAGCUUUGCUGCUGGGGAAUUUACUUCUCCUGCAUUGUGUGUCUCGGAGUCACUCGCAAAAUGCGACCGCCGAGCCUGAGCUCACAUCCGCUGGCGCCGCCCACCCGGAGGGGCCCGCGGGUGCUGCGAGCUGGGAAUAUGGCGACCCCCAGUCUCCGGUCAUCCUCUGCUCAUACCUACCCGAUGAAUUUAUAGAAUGUGAAGACCCAGUGGAUCAUGUUGGAAAUGCAACUGCAUCCCAGGAACUUGGUUAUGGUUGUCUCAAGUUCGGCGGUCAGGCCUACAGUGAUGUGGAACACACUUCAGUCCAGUGCCACGCCCUAGAUGGAAUUGAGUGUGCCAGUCCUAGGACCUUCCUACGAGAAAAUAAACCUUGUAUAAAGUAUACCGGACAUUACUUCAUAACCACUUUACUCUACUCCUUCUUCCUGGGAUGUUUUGGCGUGGAUCGAUUCUGCUUGGGACACACUGGCACGGCAGUAGGGAAGCUGUUGACACUUGGAGGACUUGGGAUUUGGUGGUUUGUUGACCUUAUUUUGCUAAUUACUGGAGGGCUGAUGCCAAGUGAUGGCAGCAACUGGUGCACUGUUUACUAAAAAAGAGCUGCCAUCAAGGCCCAGGGAGGAGGUGAAAGCUCUGUCUUUUGAAUUCAUCUCUACAGGCUCAAAACUCUUCUUUGAUAUCAGACCUGACGUUAGUUUCCCUCUUUUGAGGUUUUGGUUAAGAAGGUUUCUUUGGACUUUGGAAUUUCAACCCAGAUUUUAUCUUACAGACUAGAAAUGACAAGCAAAAAGUGUUGUGGGAAUCAAAUUUGUACCUUUCCUCGUGCACAAAACAUAAAGGAUAGUGACGAGUUUAUAAGCUGUGGAUGAGUUUCCAGAGUCUUCCUUUCUGUACACUGCUAUAUGUUCAGUCCUUUGGAGCAAGUGGAUUUAACAAGUUGAGCCAAGUAAAUAUUUGUAUCCACAUUCCUUUUGUGACCCUGAGUCUUCCUGCAAGGAGAUUUGAAGCUGAACAAUGAAAAUCUUCAGCAGAAGUGGAAAUGGCCGUGGAAUGUAAUACACACUGAAAGUCUGACUUUCUGAAUUUAAAUACAGAAUAAAUUUUGCCAACCUGGAGUACUAUAUGAGUAUUUUCAGUAUGGGGAGUAAACUAAAAAUUAUAUUUGUUUUGCAGAAAUCUAGUCAUUUGAAAUGAACCACCCUAUUAAGCUACCUUGUGUCUCCAUUAUGUUCCAGAGUCAGUAUAUGCAGCACAAAAUUUCUUCAUUCCAAUCAUGUUUUGAAAGCCAGCGGCAUCAGACGUGUGAGUUGAGCUACUCCUCCUGGCAGAAUUGUCCAAUCCAAAAAUCAUCAUUUACCAGCCCAUGUUAGAAAUUUGCAUUUACCAGCCCAUGGUAAUAAGAUUUCCUACAAGUUUCUGUAAAACUAUUCUUCGUGAUUAGGUGAGAUAAAGUAAGGAGUCUUGUGGCUUCAAAAAGAAAAAUAUACUUCUGCUAAAUUGGGACCUGAUUUAUGAGAGCAAAGAGAAACUGAGCACAUUCUCAAAAGAAGCAUAAUACUGAAGCUCUCCCUGUGUGCUGCAGCAGUCAGAAAGAGAUACAGCCACACUUUUGUAUUCCCAAAUCACCAAGAAUUAAAGGAGAUGUUCCAAACUGUAAAUGGUUUUAAAAGCUCAGUUCCCAUCCUUUGCAAUCCAAGUUGAAAGAACUAUUAAUAUAAAAUCAAAGGUGGAGGCUGGGCGUGGUGGCUUACACCUGUAAUCCAAGCACUUUGAAGGCCAAGGCGGGCAGAUCACCUGAGGUCAGGAGUUCAAGACCAGCCUGACCAACAUGGUGAAACCACGUCUUUAUUUUUAAAAAAUAAAAAUCAAAGGUGGGCAAUGUGGCCAAGUCAGUGAAAGAGCCUGUUACUCAGAAUAACUUACAAAUUCUAGAAAUAAAGUAGUCCUCACUCGAAGUUUACCUCAUAAUAAUUGACUUUAAGACCAGAUAUCACAGUUAACUUCCCUGGAUACAUUCUAUCAUUUUGUAGCUCUCCUAAGAAUUUCUUGCUUUAUUAUUCCUGAUGAAUAUAAUCACUGUUCUUACAUUAUUAAAUGUGGCAAUUUUGUAUAAAAAAAUUAAAACAGACAAGCCUAUUUUGUCUUGAAGGUUCUGUACCACACUGACCUUAACCUUGCUUAUAACGUAACAAUUGGUAAACUUUUAAUUCAUAAUCUCUAUACCCUAAGUCAGUGUUUAUUAAAAUUUUAUGGGUCAUGAAGAAACUAGAUCCUCUCCCCAGAAAAAUGCAUGUACACGGAAUUUUCAUAGAACUUAAGGGGGUUCAUCUAUACAAUUUAUGCACGAAACAAAAUCGUACUUGCACCCCAUAAAUUUAUACAAAUAAGAGUCUCAGAGAGUUCAAGGAUGCCAGUUUUUUUUAAAAAAAAAACUCACUUAUAAGGGAAGUCUGAAAAAUAAAAACAAAUUGUAAUAUUACCCAAAAUAAGAUGUUACUUUAAACCUUAUCAAGUUCUGCCUCAUUUCACACUUUUUUCUAACCUAAAAAUAUUCAUAACCCCAUCGGAAGUUUGUUUUCUUUAAAAAAUAAAAAACUUUGUUCCCAGCACAGUGACUCAAGCCUGUAAUCCCUGUACAUUGGGAGACUGAGGCAGAUGGAUCCUUUAAGGUCAGGAGUUUGAGACCAGCCUGGCCAACAUGGUGAGACUCUUUCUCUAGUAAAAACACAAAAUUCGCCGGGUGUGGUGGCAGCCACCUGUAACCCCAGCUACUCAGGAGGCUGAGGUAGGAGAAUCACUUGAACCCUGGAGGCGGAGGUUGCAGUAAGCCAAGAUGCUGCCCCUGCACUCCAGCCUGGAUGACAAGAACAAGACUUUGUCUCAAGAAAGAAAAACUUUGGCAGCUCCAAGACUUGAAGUCAUUUAUGUUGCCGGGAAAAGAGCUUGGUUAAAAGGCUAAAAGACUGGAAACUACUGAAGAUGCCCUUGUCACAGUCAGAAAAGCUGCUGGAGACAAGAGUUCUUACUGCUAGAGUGGUAAUUUAAUUUCAGAAUCAUCAAUAUUCCUGUGUGACAAUCCAAAGUUACCGGUUUCCAUUUGACUUCUGAGUAACACCCAUUCUCCAUCUCCCCGCAAACCUGGCCAAAUGUGAUACAACCUGAAAACCUGAUGCACUAAAGGAGUAUUACUUAAAACUUGAUUGCCUUUGCACUUUAUUCAGGUUGUUUCUUAAAUUUUGGUAGAUAGAUCUAUUUGUAUAUGUGUGUAUUAUAUCUAGUUUAUGGCUAUAUAGAAGGUUUAAAAUACUACAGUGUCCUUCUUUCACGGUUAAAUUAGAAACUGCCUGUUUUUUAGUUGUUUCUUAUCUUUAAUAAAAUGUUAUCAGUUCCCCCAGA